AUGGUCUGCCUCCCCUUCUCUCGAUCUGCGCUUUAUACCGGGCGCUGCUCCACACAUGCACACCAUGGCCCCAGUCCCCCACCGAUAGCCAUUACCGCAUUUGACACUGUAGGGCGCGUUCGGCAGCUGAACAAGUCGUGCAGAACCAAUGUCACCAUCCAUCAAUGCAUCAGCCUCUACUUACCUGUCCCCCUUAUUCAUACACUUGCUCGCUCCACGGAUACGAGCCCAUGCAGCUCCAGCCUACUAAGUAGAGUAGCUUGGGCGACCGUGGCCCCGGAUCGCUGCCAGAAUCUGGAGCGUGAGCCGAAGCGGGCGGCUGCCAUGGCUCUCUUGGGAGAUACACUCGGACAAAUGCGAUUGGUUCGGCCCCCGAUUCAAACACGGCGCGCUGCGAAAUGCCUCCUUCACUCCCCACGCGUUCAUCAGCGCAUGGCUCUCCUUCAUGCUGGCCCUGGGUCAGCGUUGCAUUGCCAUUGCCAUUGCCAGGGACUCUCCUUGAAGCAUGUCGUCAGACGGCCGGCUCAUCAUCGGCUCCCAGCAGCGCCACCUCUGGCCCACUUCUAG